GUCGAUUGAGGAGUGGGCGCGUGGCCUGACGGUUUGUGGCUUGAGCAACGUUUUCAGGUUUUUGUAUGGCCUUCAAGACGAUACAUUUGGACGCUAAUUAGCCCCGAAGGGCAACUGGUUGGGAGAGCACCAUUUCCUUUUAUAUUGAAGCCAUGUUGCAGAACGGAAGUGCCCCUUAGUCUGAGAUUGCAGUGAGUAGCCCUUUGCCUUUACUGCUCAUCAUGUUGGUUCAGCCUCUCGGCAGCUUGGCACCCCAUUUGCAGCGGGUCCUCUGCUCUCCCCGGGCACACCAAGCUGUGUGGAGGCUCUUCCCAUAUUGUGGUGUCCCGCAGCUACACACUUCAAAGAAUUUAAUGUCGUCUGAGUUCAAACAGAGUGAUGCGAACCAGAGGAAAACAUCAAAAGCUCAACUAGAAAGAAUUCCCCGUGCUGACAUCGGCUCUUCGUUUUCUGUAUUUACAGCUGGGGCAGCCAGAAAAAGAGCAGAGUCCGCAAAAAGCCAAAUGGGCGUCGAAUUGGCUGAGACCUCAACAGUGACAAAAGUUGGAAAGUCGUUAGUUCCACUGAAGCCUUUAAAUGUAGAUGAUUGGAAGAAAUUGAAAACGGAAUCGCCCAAUAAAACUCGUUUUGAAGUAAGCAUGAUGGAAAAACUGCUGUCUGUUCGUGCUGAUAUUGAUGUGGCUAAAUCGCUUUUAGUUUUUGUUACAAUGGAAAAUGGUACUGUUGAGUAUGAACUCCUUCUGAAGUAUUUGGCACUGUGUGUCCAACAGCAGCAUCUGACUGAGAUACUUGAUUUAUAUGGCAUGAUGAAAGCUAGAUUCAAAAUAUUAGACAUUGGAGCUUACAGCCUCUUCAUCAGUGGUUUUAGCAAGACAGAUCGUUGGAGGGAGGCUGUGAUGUUUUUAGAUUCAAUUAAAAAAAUGGUUACACCAUCACCAAGAAAUUAUGGGGAUAUUGUUAUUUCUGCACUCCAGCAUAAAGAAGUAGAAACUGCAUGGAUGUUGUUUAAAGAAAUGGAAAACAAAAACUUAAAACCAACUGAGAACACAUUGCAAACAUUUUUUGAUUAUGGCAAGUCAUUCUGUGAUGAUCAAUAUGAAAAUAAGGUUAUGUAUAUCCUCUUCUACCUGAGAGAUAAUCAGAUAUACCCCGGCAAAGGUUUAAUGCAAAGUAUCCAUUCAUGGUUUGAAAGCAUCCCAGGCAAACAAUGGGAAGGGCAUGAAACGACUAUAUUGCACAGUGGAAAAUGCCCUGUAUGCAACACAUUACUGGAAUCAAUUCAGCUGAGUGUGGAAGAAUAUCACUUAUUAAGAGAGUGUGUGAUGAAUGACAUUAUUCAAGGGACAGAUACAUUUAAAAAGACAACUCCUCAGGAACUGCAACAUUUCCAAACUUUUGUGAAAAAACGUCCGCCUUAUGAUAUUGUAAUUGAUGGAUUAAAUGUCGCUAACAUCGCACCCAAGGGUAAUCAGUCCAAAAUUCUUCUUGAUGUCGUUUCUUACCUUGCAAAUCGAAACAUGAGACUUCUCGUACUUGGACGUAAGCAUAUGCUGAGAGGAACACGUAGCUGGAACAAAGGUCAUAUGGCUGACAUACAGAAGUAUGCUGACUGCUUCUUCACAGAAAAUAUUUCUGAAGAUGAUCCCUUUUUGUUAUACGCAACUAUGCAUUCAGGCAAUCAUUGUAAAUUCCUUAGUAGAGACCUCAUGCGGGAUCACAAAGCUUGUUUGUCUGACCAGAAUACCCGAAGACUGUUUUUCAAGUGGCAACGUGGACACCAGCUUGUGCUGUCAAGGUACAAUCCAGGGAACAGAAUGAAAUUUGAGAUCAUAUCAAAAUAUGACACCAUAGUACAGACUACACCAGAUACUUGGCACAUACCAUAUGAUGAAGAAGGUGUUGAGAGAUGUUCCUACGAAGUUCCACGUAAAUGGUUGUGUCUUCGAAAACAUAACUGAAGAGAAGCAGUGAAUAAAAAUUUUGCUGCCUGUUCUUUGUUUUAAGGAGUUGUUGUAUUCUGUUUUUAUGUUUGAUAUUUAUUUAGUCAAUAUUUUGUUCUAUUUCCCAAAUUUCUUCAACAUUUUCCACUUUUUCUUUUAUAGCACUUGUGGUUCAGUACAAAUUUCCAGGUGUCAAUAGUCUUCUACUACCUCAGCCAAAUGACUAUUCUUCCUGUGGCUGUCAAGAUGGUAUCAGCUGCAUUUUGAACCUGGUGAUAUUGUCACCAAAACUAAUAUGACCCCCACGUAGCAUAGUUUUUUUUUAAUAUAUCCUACAUAGCAUAAUGGGUAGUUAUCAUGAUAUAUAGCAAAACAACAAAAGUUGUUUUCUCCUUCCCUUGAUUCCCACACCCACAUCAAUUUCUGUCAGUCAAUCAAGCAAUUUAAUCAAUAACUUUUAAAAAUUCAAUGAAAAUGCUGAUCAACUAAGUUAAGUCAAUGUAAUGGCUUAUUAGAUUCCCUGGCAAGUUAUCCUGAUCGAGUUCCACUAACUCAGUUCAGAUAAAGAAUUCAGACUUAUUGAUCUUUAUAUGACCUAAUCACCACAUCAUGUACCAAUAUUUAACAAACAAAAACAGAGAAUGCUGGAGAGACUCAGCAAGUCUGGCAGCAUUUGUGAAGAGAAAACAAAGUGAACGUUUUGAGUCUGGUGACUAUUCUUCAGAACUGCCAGCAAUUUCCCUCCAGCAAUUUGUUUUCGUUUGUUUCAAAUCUACAGUGUUCCUUGUUUUGUUAUUAUGUACCAGUAUGUCACUGGUAAAAUCUGAUUGCAUUGUUAAAUUAAGCAUUCAGUAUUAUUUGCCUCUUAGAUUACCAAAGGGCUUCUGUGAUGUAGAUGAUUGUCUUGGGUAUGUAAAAUUGCAUUAUGUCUGCUCAGUCAGUUCAUAUUCAAAUUAAAGUAGUAUUUCUUGUUAUCUCUUGGUGAGAAAACAGGAAUGUUCCAUUUCAAAAAAAAAGUUCCAUUCUUUAAAAAGAAUGUUUUUUAAUUGAAGAAUCGUAUUAAUAUUUCUCAGAUUAACAUGGAAAAUUUAGCUUUGUAUAACCUAAUAGCCACAUCGUGUACCAAUAUGUAACAAACAGAAAUUGCUGGAGAGAUUCAGCAAGUCAGGCAACAUCUGUGAAAAAAAAAAGUAAAUGUUUUGAGUCCAAUGUCUCUUCUUCAGAACUGCCAGCUGUCAUAUAGUUUCUUCAAAUAGGUUUGAUUUCUAACCUCUAACAAAAUGAUUUUUCAAGCUUCAUCAAAAUCAGCGGCUACGCUUACUUAAUUUUCUCAAUGUUGCUAGUGCCUAACUUAAAUCCUUGACAGAAAUUGUCAUGUGAAUUAUCUAGCAAUAAAAUCUGAAGCAUUUAUAUGGUAAUUGCAUGUCCAGCAAUCUUGGAAGUAUUGAAUUCUACAACAUAACACAGAACAUUGGGCUUAUAAGGCAUAUACCAUAUAUUUUGCUGCAUUGAAGUCUUCUCCUCUACUUACCGUCCCUUGUUUAUUUCCCCAUACAGGUCAUUCUGCUAUAACACGACAGUUGUGUUCCUCUGCAUCCUCCCGCUAUAGAAAAUUAUGCUAUGGAAAACCACUUCUAAACCAUGUUUAGAAGAUUGCCAAUACAAAAUCGCUUUACCCGUUGAGUAGAAAAUUCCCUUUAUCCAAACAACAUCCACAAUUCGUAAUCGCGAUAUAGCUAAUUCGCGCUUACGAAACACGCUUUUUAACAGAAUGACCUGUACCCAGAUACUUAAUUAUUCCUAUUCUUGCAGUUAUUUCAUUCUAUAUCAAAAGGACUGUGUUUCAACAGUUUUGGUUUCUAUCUUAAUUUUUACUUUUGGGAGACCAACUGUUAGAGCAUAUCAUCUGGUUGGGGGAUGUGGGGGUGGGACCUAUUUUUAGUCCCUGAGCUCAUUCAAGUAGAACCAGCAAGUUGUGGGCAACAAAUGGCACAGAUUGUCUAAUAUCUGGUGGCGUGGAAGCCUUUGGGUUUGAAGCAUACACUUAAUUUGGGGACCAGGAAGGGGAGAAACCUAGUUUGGCAUUGGGCCAAAUUUACAACUUGAAGGCCUUUCUGUUCUGUCAGCAGUGGAAUUGGUUAAAUAGCUAGUUCUAGCAUAAGAAUACAUCCUCGACUCCAGUAUGUAUAUUAAAAGAGGCUUAUCUAUAAAAUAAAUGAUGCUGUGUCCA